GUACCACUGAGCACUGAUGAUUGAAGAGGAGAUUGAGACAAACUGAAAAAUAUCUAUCGGCGAACACAGGAUUGAAAAUAGCAUCUGCACCAGUAAUGGCGACUUCUGCAUCCGCACCACUAGCAAGUUCUGUGGAGAAGACAAAUGGCGCCAAACUAAGCAGACUUCUUAUUGAUGGCGGAACAACGGUUCUAAGGAACAUUUUUGAUCAUUAUCACGCCCCUGCAAACCUUGUUACUGAUCUCAAUUCUCACCGUAAAACUCUUCGUUCUCUCUUGCGAGGAAGAAUCCUAAAAAAGCCGCAAUGGGACUUACUGUUCCCACCGUCUGGGGUUGCCCCAGACUCCAAAUCAUUUGACAUCACAUUGUUGUUUCUCCUUCUUACCAACAUUUGUGGCCUAUCUUGUCCAUCCUCAGGAUGGCAUUCUAAGCCACACGCGAGUGAUAACUCCUUUGAAGCAAACCUUGCUCGCAUCAAGUUUUAUCGCAAUGAGUUGUAUGGCCAUGUCACAACCACUAGUGUUGACGAGUCAACUUUUAACAAUCUUUGGCAGGAGAUAAGUUCUGUUCUCGUUGCUCUUGGACUGGAUAAAGCGGAGAUAGAUAGAUUGAAAGAUGAACACUGUGGGGAGGAAGACUACAUUGAUGCACUUCUCGAUUGGGCUAGCAGUGAGGAGGAUAUCAAAUCACAUCUAAGAGACAUCAGACGUAACCAGGCCGAAAACCGAGAAAUCGUUUCUAAGGUGCUUCAGACCCAACACGAUUGUGGCAAAGUUCUUGAGGAAAACAAGUCAAAACUAGAAGAACUAGCAGAAAACCAAGCUACAACUCGGGAAGUUGUUCAAGAACAACAUGAAACACUGAAAACAGAUUUUCAAGAAGUCAAGCGCGAAAUCGAGCAGUUGAAGAAAAAACAAGAGAGAGAAAGAUCGGAUAAAAUUCUCAAGAAUCUGAUGCAAGCGGAGUUUAAAGGAGACAUCGAACAUCACGUUAAAAGAUUCCAAGAAGGUACACGGGAGUGGAUCUUCAAAAAAGUUGAAGACUGGCUGAAUGACAGGAAUUCCCCAAACCGUGUAAUGGUCAUUAGUGGAAAUGCAGGAAUGGGAAAGUCAGUUAUUUCUGCUAUCAUUUGCAAAAGAAUUCAAGAAGCAGGACGUUUGUCGGGAAGCCACUUCUGUCAGCAUAACAAUGCACGGUAUAGCAAACCUCAACUUAUGCUUCAGUCCUUGGCUAUUCACUUGUCUCGAACUCUACCAGAAUACAAGAGAGCUCUCGUGGAACAGCUAUCAAGGAAUCUGGGGUUGGAACUCAAUAGCAUGGGUGUUGAAGAGUUGUUUACUUUGCUUUUCAUGGAGCCUCUAACUAAAGUUAGCAACCCUGGCGAAAGCCUCUUGAUGGUGGUCGAUGGCCUGGAUGAAAGUGAAUACAAGGGGCGCAAUGACCUUCUCAACGUGGUUGCCAACCAGUUUUGUAAGCUUCCAGAAUGGAUUCGACUUUUAGUGACGACGCGACCAGAGAUAAACAUUGCUGACAGCCUUAAGCGUUUAAAGCCCAUUAUACUCGAGGAAAACAAAGAGGAGAACGUAAGGGACAUUAAGCUGUUCUUUGAGAUGCGUCUGAGCCAUCAAAUGAAGGAAACACAGAAGAGCUCUAUUUUGGAGAAUCUGGUCAAAAAAUCCGAGGGUGUGUUCCUUUAUGCUUAUUAUCUCAUCGAUUUUAUCGAAGAGAAUGUGCCGUUUCUCACACUUGAGCACCUGGAAGGAGGCUUGCCGCUGGGAAUUUCAUCUGUUUAUCAAUGUCAUUUUAAACGGUUAGAAAAGGAACUUUGUGAAGAGUUAAAGAUAGAAGAAGAGCAGGUGUUUCGCUUUCUUUCUGCCUUGACAGCCUCUCGUGAGCCAUUGCCUAUAGCUUUCGUUUCGAAUAUGUUCGAUUCGGAUGGAAAAUCCUUCACAGCUCACCGUACAAUAAAGAAGGCGAUCGCUUGUAUCUCUACACUUUUGCCUUUACGCAAUGAUCGUCUUCACUUUUUCCACAAGUCGGUGAAAGACUGGUUGUCUGGUUCUUCUGUCUAUGGUGACCAUGAGUUUAUCCUAGAUGAAAAGAAAGGACACGAAAUUCUCUUCAACCUAUGCAAGAUUGAGCUUGAAAACGUAAAGAGAAGGAGCAUUCACAAUUGCACUUUCAGUGACACUGAAACAUACGCAUUACAGCAUGGUGUCCAGCACAUGAUUGAAGUGGAUUCAUUUAUCAGAGACCCAGUAACUACUGGGGUUGAUGGUCUUAUCGAGGCUUUCGUAACAGAUUUGAAACUCGUUUACGCUAAACUUUGUGUGAAUAGCAACUGCCCCUCGGAGGAUCUCUACAAUGUGCAAAAACACGUUCGACCCGCUCUGUCACAUGAAGAAGUUUGUUCCAACUUGGACCUUCUUCAGGAUGUUCUUAGAAAGCAUUCUUUUCUUUUAAGAGACCAUCCUCUGCUGUUUUUUCAAAGUUUGGUCAACGAAGGCCUACCUGAACUGUCUUCCAUAGCCGCGUCGAUCCUUGACAAUGAUCUUUCUCAUGUGUCAUACCUUAAGUACGUGCACACAGGAGAAGGAAAUGGUGCUGUCAAAGCUCGUUUUUACGGUUCUCAUCGGGUGGCAUGUUUUGAUGUUUCACCUGACAUGAACUUCAUGGUCUGUGAAUGCCGAGAUGGAACAGUCCAUUUGUGGUCUCUUAAAACAGGGAACAUUCAAUGGAAAAGACCUUCUUUUAUCACAAGACAAUAUGUGGGGGUUCAUCCUUAUGGCGUGUUUAGUGAUUUGGGUGCUUAUCGUCCAAUUGGUGGUUACGUCUUGACUUUUUACAACUCCGUGAUCUUUCAUCCAAAUGGAAAAUAUGUCCUACCGGGGAACCUCAGGAACGUUUACACUUUGAGUGGAGACUGUGUAGAGCUUUUCAUCGACAGUGAGUGCAAAUUCGCUCACUGCGUAUUCCCCAAGGAUAAGAAAGCAAUGUUAACCGACCGUUUUGAUAAUCCCAAACAACUAUCUUUGUGGAGUAUGGAGGAUGGGACAGAACUGAACCGUUUUACGUGUGAAGAAACCAUUUCAGCUUUUACGAUUUCCGAAGAUGGCUCAAAAAUCGCUUUUGCCGACUUAACAGGUUCUAUCUACUUGCAGCAAAUAGGUAGAUGGAAUGCACCUGUUUUGCACAAGCGCAUUAGCAAGGCUUGUGCAUUAAUGCAUUUCAGCCCAGAUGGCGAGGUUCUUUGUUGUGGCCACCUUCCAUGUGAGAUAGAACAUGUUGGAAUGAAUAAUUACGGCUGGACGUUUGAUCAUCACCGGAAAUUCACAUUUUGCAAUUUGACAAAUCUUGCUGCCCUUUGUUCAUCAGGUGAAAUUCUCUUGUGGCCAAUUCAGUCAGGAAAUUCGGUACUCGACUACUUUUCCAACUGGGUUGAUGAUAUACGUGGUGUUUUUCCAUGCUUCUCUGCAGGAUUCUUCAAGAAGCUGGACAGUACAACAGUAUUGACGGGUGGUCCAUCCUUUAACUACAUCGUCGCAGUCAAUGUUGAUGUUCUAAGUGCAACCAGUUCUGCCCCAACUAAAAUGAAGGUCAGAGAAAUUGUAAUGUCUGUGGAGGGAGACGCUAUAUAUUCUAUUAGCUCAAGUGAUGAUGAUUACAAUGCUAGCGAGGUAGUAGUGACUGUUGUAAGAAUGUCGAGUAAAGAAAUUUUAACGAAAAAAACUUUCACCUGUGGAUGUGUGUCUCUUUUACCUACCAAGUCAGGUAUUAUCCUGUCUGUUGGCCAAGAUACUCCACAACUGUGGAGUUUUGAUCUCCUGGAAUGUAUUAAACCUCUUACCAAACUGCGUGGUGUAGAGAAACUAACUUUUUUAUCGAGUGAGGCGAUAGCUUGUCAAAGACACCGCCGCAUCAUGACACCUGAGGAAUUUUGGGGUUUGGAGUGGUCUCGAUUAAGCAAGGAUGAAGAUGAAUCAUUGACACCAAAUGUUGCAUCAGAGACUGAAAUUAACCAUUUCUCACCUGAAGUCGGCGAUGUUUCAUCUGAUGAAGAGAAUGUUUUAACUGUGGAUGAUUCUUCAUGGGCGGGUGACUCAACACGUUUCAGCGAUUCCUCUUGUCUUGGCGUAUUUACCUUAUUUGCCUGUCAGUCAUUUGGAAUGCUUGAUGUAGACAUAUUCAACGCAGUUACCGGAGAGUUUGUUUCAUCAAUGAAGACGACUGUGAGUCCUAACGACAAAAUACAUUCUGUUUUAGUCAAUCUUCGUAGCCAAAUCCUAUUAUGUUUCGUUGAGGAAAUAUUUGAUGUUGUACAUAAGGAAAAAAUAAGAUUCAGCUUGAGCGAAAAUAACUGCGGAGUACCCAUUUGGUGCAGACAUUCAGAGAGGUGCGAGGAUUCUCCUUUCGAUCCUUAUUUUAUCUUCUCUCCUAGCGAAGAGUUUCUCGUUACGUGGGGAUCGCUAGAUUCAGGCUAUGGACUGCACAUUCUUGACACAAAAACUGGAAAAACAUGCCACACCUUCAUUGAAGAUCAUGACGACAUUGUCGACUGCAAGUUCGUUGAUAACGGCGAUAUUCUGAUUAGCUGCACAAGUGACAAUUUCCUUCGUUUGCUCAAUGUGAGGUCAGGCGAACAGCUCAGCAUGCUAGACAUUGGGGAGCAACCGUUCAGCUUAGGUGCCUGCCUCAGUAAUCAUCUUGUUGCCAUUGGAUUGUCAAAAACCCGAAUGAAAUUUGUUCAAGUGGAAUUACCAAGAGCCAAAGAAGUUGCAGAAAACAAAGGUUCAAUUACCAGUUGGAAUGAAGCAAGCCGGACAGAAUGGAAGCUCAACUAGAAGAGCUUUUCUGUCAGCUCCUCACACAUUACUGAGAACGCACAGUCUCUUUUACUCGGUAAACUACGGCUGGCAUUGUAUGUAAAGCGCCCUACGGGCUAGGAAGGAGAUUUCUAAGAAUAUUCGUAAACAUAUGCAGUUUUAACCGUAUCUAAUGGCUUUUUAUUUUUCAAAAGAUUGGAAAUCUUAAAUGGGCACUCAAGGGGUUCACCUCUUGUUGCUUGACUCAUGUAAUCGAUACUACACACAACUGAUUACGUGCCUGACUGGCUACAAUAGGUUUUGCUCGCAAAUAAGGAAAUACUUAUCAACUGUACAUAAACAUUUUUCACCGAUUUUGGCACGAAUUUGAUUAAAGGAUUACUGGAAAAGAGAGCACGAUUACAAUUUACUGUUGUUUUUACAACCGUUUUAAGUUUAUAUACACAACUAUUUCCAAUUUCAAGUAUUGCUCAAAUUACGAAGAUUUCAUUAAGUGUUUAGCUCAGACCUUUUUUCUAAGAAAGAUUUGAUACAUCCCUCCAAGUAAUUUUUCCAAAUAUUGUUUGUCCGUUUAUUAUUUUGUUUGCUUUUAUUAACAGAAAGAUGAAGCAGCCCGCACUCUGCUAUGUUGUCUUGUGUCUCUGUCUACUUUAUGAGUACUCAUCACUUUCGAUGAUCCAAGAUCUUGUUUCCGUGAUUACCUUUAGCAUCAAAUGAAAAAUGGUAGUAAAGGGAAAUCAUUGAGAAGAGGCUUUUCCCACUAACCUAGUUCUGCGAAACACUCGAAAUGUCCUUAAAAACCUUUGUAGUAUUUUCGCUGUGAUGAAAGCGGAGUAUAUAAUUUGCGUCUCAGAAAUUAUUGGUCGGUGCGGAAUCAAUGUC